AUGGGGCCCUCGCCCACUCCUUCGGUUUUCCCUGCUUCGAAACCCGACUGGAACAACCUUAGCAUCAUCCACCGCAAUACCUUACCACCCCGCUCACACUUCUUCCCGUUCCAGAGUGAAGAAACAGCAUUAACUUAUGACCACCUCCAAUCAUCUUUCAUACAGCCCUUAUCGGGUACCUGGCGAUUCCAUCAUACCCCGAAUCCAUUCGAGGCCCCCGAAAUCCCGAAGGGGGCCGAGAAACUCGAGACCGAAACCGAGACCGAUGUAGAAGACUUCGACAUCAGAGAAUGGAACGAUAUUACGGUGCCGGGCAUGUGGCAACUCCAGGGCUACGGAGCGCCACAUUAUACCAACAUCGUGUAUCCCUUUCCCGUAGAUCCUCCAAAUGUUCCUGCGGAAAUAAACGAGACCGGGACAUACCAGCGCGAAUUCGAAGUUCAAAGAGGAGAGACUGCAGACUUCCAGUACCGGUUGAGGUUUGAGGGUGUUGACAGCGCGUUCCACGUCUGGGUCAAUGGCAAAGCUGUUGGAUACAGUCAAGGAAGCAGGAAUCCGGCCGAGUUCGAUGUUUCCGACUAUGUGAAAUACGGAAGUAAUUGGAUUACUGUGAGAGUAUACCGGUUCUGCGAUCAUUCGUAUAUCGAAGACCAAGACCAAUGGUGGCUGUCGGGGAUUUUCCGAGACGUCUAUCUCAUCGCUUUCCCCAACCUCUCCCGGAUUGACGACUUUCACGUCAGGACCGAACUCGACGACAAUUAUCAGCACGCAGUCCUCAAAUGUGCUGUCACCACAGCUGGAAGUGAGAGGAAAGGCAAGAAAUUACGACUCCGCCUCCUUGGGGCGGAUGCGAAAACCGUUGUAGUUGAUGUCACGCAGGAGAUCACAGAUAGCGCCGCUGGACCGAUAGAAUUCUCUCUCGAUGUUAAGGACCCAAAGAAGUGGACCGCGGAGACGCCUUAUCUCUACCAUUUGGUUCUCUCGCUUGAGGGCGCACAGGUGGUGGCCCAUAAGAUUGGGUUCAAGCGCGUCGAGAUAAAGGAUGGUCUUAUGCUUUUCAAUGGCAAAGCGAUCAAGCUCUUUGGUGUCAAUCGCCAUGAACACGACCCGACCGGUGGGAGGGCUGUAUCAUACGAGCUCAUGGAACACGAUAUAAUCCUGAUGAAACAGCACAAUAUCAACGCUCUCCGACUCUCCCACCAACCCAAUGACACGCGCAUCUAUGAUCUUUGCGACUAUCAUGGUUUGUAUGUCAUCGAUGAGGCGGAUCUCGAGUGCCACGGCUUUGAUUCUGUCGAAGUCCUGAAACUCGGUAGUGCGGGAGACAAUAUGACCUUCGAGGAGAAGAAAGCAAUCACUUAUGCCAAUGCUGCCCGAUGGACAUCAGACAACCCAGAGUGGAAAGAGUCCUACCUGGACCGUGCAAGGCAGAUGGUGCAUCGUGACAAAAAUAGGGCGUGUGUUUUCAUGUGGUCCCUGGGUAACGAGUCGUUUUACGGGCAAAAUCACGAAGCAAUGUAUGCAUGGAUCAAAGGGUUUGAUCCAUCUCGGCCGAUCCACUACGAGGGCGAUGUCGAAGCGAAGACUGCGGACGUUUUUAGCUGGAUGUACCCCACUGUUCAAAAGUGUAUUGACUUCGCCGAGAAGGGAAGCGACAAACCGUUGAUUCUGUGUGAAUACGGUCACGCUAUGGGUAACGGCCCCGGGGCGAUUAAGGAGUACGUUGAGGCGUUCAGGAAGUAUCCCCAGCUCCAGGGUGGCUUCAUCUGGGAAUGGUCGAACCACGGAAUCCUGGCGCAGACAGAGGAUGGACAAGAGUACUAUGCGUACGGUGGUGACUUUGGUGACGAGCCGAAUGACGGGAAUUUCGUCAUGGACGGUUUGGUGUUCUCCGACCACAGUGCAACCCCCGGACUGGCCGAGUAUAAGAGACAGAUACAACCUGUGCAGAUUGAGUUUGACGGGCUGAAGGCGAGAAUCACAAACUGUUACGAGUGGCAGGUGACCGAACACCUAGCGUGUGUGUGGGGGGUGAAAGUUGCAGGCAAUCCGAUAUUCGAGGGGGGACUGUCAUCACCGGUCAUCGAUUCGGGCGAGACCGCCGAAGUAGUCUUGCCAUUUCGUCAAAACGAACUGAACAGCAAUGAAAUCUCUGUCACAAUUCACUUUUACCUCAAGCAGGACACCACGUGGGCCAAGGCUGGACACCUUGUCGCCUGGUCUGAGGCCCUUAUUCGGUCCGUCCCGCCCGCUAAACUUAGCAGGAGACGCCCGGCGGAGGGGAUCGUAAAGGUGAAGCAGCGUGGGGAUGAUCGCCUUUUGCUUGUCAAGGGCAGCAAAUCCAGGUUCGAGCUGAACAUGGUCACCGGAGAUCUCAGGUGGGCGUCCUCGGUCUCUGGCAAGUUGAUACAGAAGGGUCCUGUCCUCAGCUUUUACCGCGCGCCGACCGAUAACGAUCUGGGUCACGGGGGGGACGCAAAGCAUUGGCGAGAUUUCAUGCUCCACGCCGUAAAGCAGUCCGUGCAGAAGGUGGAAUGGAAUCAUGCCGACGGGGACACUGCAAUUAUCUGUAGGGUAUACGCUCGCAUUGCCCCUCCAGUUCUCGACUGGGGAGUCUCGACGAUCUAUGACUACACCUUCCGUGACGGGUCCAUUGAGCUCACGGUGACAACCAAGCUAGAGGGCAAUCAUCCGAAAACCUUUGCUCGCUGUGGUCUAACAUUUGUCCUUCCUCCCGAGCUGGAGGAUGUCAGUUGGUAUGGCCGUGGGCCAGGAGAGUCCUACAAGGAUAAGAAGGACGCAAACGCAAUGGGUAUCUGGCACAGGAACGUUGACGACAUGUACACAAAUUACGAGUUUCCCCAGGAGAGCGGGAACAGGACGGAUACCAAGUGGAUUGCCGUUAAAUGCGAGGAGGAAUAUGGACUCAAGGUUAUUUUCACUGAGAAGCCCGGAGACUUUACAGCUUUACACUACACAACUGAGGAUUUGGAGAAAUCCAAGCAUCCCCACGAAUUGACGAGAUUGAACGAGACGAUUUUGAGGGUUGAUGUUGACCAUCACGGGCUGGGAACGGGCUCAUGCGGACCAGGGGUAUUACCGCAGUACCAGCUCUUGGCAAAAGAUUAUUCUUUCAAGUUGAUUUUGGAGCAGAUAGACAAGCUAUAG